UUAGGCAUAGCAUGAUGGUAAAAUCGAUUGAGUUGUAAGGUAAUUUUAUGGAAACUACACCAAAUAAAGUACCUCUUAGCCCUCUCAUGCUCACUCUCUCUUGCCGAUGCUCUCGGAACUUGAGAGCUGGCCACCGAAAUUAAACCAAACCAAACCAACUUCGCCAUAUCAUUUCACCCUUAUCAAAUAUAAAAUACCUAAAUUACAACCACCAUCGCCGCCACCCACCUCCACAUACAACAACCCAAUGCCGCGACGUCAAACUUUCGCUACUAUAAUAAUCACCACCUCUAUUUUGAUCCCCUUCAUCUUGGCCAACCCAUUCCACCUCCCGAGACACGACGUUCAUAUCAAUCAUGUCGAAAAGGUGACUGCCAAAUCCAAUGCUAAUCCCCAUGCCAAUAACGUAGACGAUGCCGGGAAUGGCAUUGGAACAAGCAUUGGCGGGAUUGCAAAUGUCGCCGAUGACAUUGUCAAUGGCAUAGCCAACGCAUUGACACCGAACAGCGAAAACUACACAGAAUACCCGCCUCCCGCGCUAGCCCAAGAGUUCAUCAUGGUGCAUAAUGAGAUUCGAAAGGCUGAGAACGUGCCGCCCUUAGUAUGGAAUGAGACGUUGGCACAAUUCGCAGAGGAUUGGGCCAAGAAGCAGACCGAUUGCGGUAUGCGCCACUCGAAGGGCCAAUAUGGGGAGAACUUGUUCUGGGGUUUUAAGGCCCAUUGGUUGCCGAGAGAGGCAGUGGAGGAUUGGGCUCAUGAGAAGCAAUUUUACAAUAGAGAAAAGCGACAAUGCGCCCAAGACAAAGCUUGCGGCCACUACACGCAGAUUGUAUGGAAGACCACUCAACAAGUUGGGUGCACUCGGUUCAGAUGCUCCAACGGAAGUUUGCUCAUUAUUUGUGAAUAUGCUCCUCCUGGGAAUUAUGCCAAUGAGGACCCUUUUAAUCCAGGCUCUCCACUUUCUCCUCCUCCUACUCCUAGUGCUACUUCUCCACCAUCUUCGUCAUCACCGUCAUCGCCAUCGCCACCGCCGCCAACACCAACACCAACACCGCCAUUGCCACCGCCGCCACAACCAACACCAACACCUCCUCCACCGCCAAAACCAACACCACCAUCG